AUGUAAGAAGAUUAGUAACAAAAUACUUAAAUUCCUUAGACUCACUAGGAUGUUUAAUAAACAGAUACAAAUUAAUAGCCUUUAUAGCAAAACGCUCUUGCUUUGCAAUAACUCCAGAUGAUUUUUAAUCCUGUUCAUCAACCAAAUGGGGAGAAUUAACCAGUUUAAAUUGACUAAGUUACAGCAGAAUAAAUUAAUAAGAUGCUGCAAGAAGAGCUGAAGAAAGUGAAUUUAGGAGGUCUAAUGUAAUAACCAUCUAUGUGCUAAAGAAUAUGCUCACUAUUUUUCUCAGUUUUUUUAACUGUAUCUAUAUCAAUAGUUUUUGGAGUCCUUUUAUGGGUAUUUUAAGACUAAGGAGAUAAAAAUGACUACUGCGAGCAUGAUGUUCUCAAAAAAUGGGCCUAGGCUACUGCAAUUAUGCUAUUUAUCAAUUCUGGAGUUUAAACCAUAAAGAUCAUUGAUAACAUUUUCCUUAAAUCAUAGUUUGAUACUAAAGGAAAACUCUAUUACUUAACUAGACCAUUAGAAACUUUACUUGCCAUAGGAAUAUUUGCUGCCACUAUUGGAUUGACUGUAAAUAAUAGUAGUGAUUGUGGUUAAUUCUACAAGCUUGUUUUAGCCUACUACAUUAUUUAUUAUAUUUUUUUGGGUAUUGGUAUAUUAGCUUUAUUAAUAUUCUUAUGCAUGUUCUUGAAAAGGAGCUGA